AUGUCUCUUAGAGAUCCACCAUAUGAGCCUCCGUCUGUGGCCGAGCUGCAGGAGUUUCUGCUUGCAGACAGACGACCGACUGGACACGUCAAUCAAGUCUGGCCAAACAUUUACAUCGGCAAUGAGUGGGUGGACCUGAAGGUCAAAACAGAACAAUAUUUCAACAUAGAAAAAAUAAUGCAUUACAAAAUUAAAACCACUGUGACAGUUGGCUGUAGCAGUAAGACUACAAAAACACAAAAUUUCACAUAACACAAAUAUGCUCAAAAGUUAAAUCAAACCUCAACAUAUUUUAAAGCACAACUUAGUUACUUUAAAGCUCCUGUGAGGGACUUUCUGUUUGUGUUGAUUAUAGCACCCCCUGUGGACAGAGUGGUAGCUUUUUUCUGUUGCUAGUUAAGUCCUGAACAUGAUUAAACAUGUUUUCCAACAAACUAAUCUCAUCCUGAUGUCUUUCAGUCUUUCAUUCUGAAUAUUUGCUUCAGAAAAAUAAAAAAAGGUUUUUUCCUCACCAUGCUAUCAAUCAUCUGGACUGACACCUACCCCCUAAUGCAGUAAUUUCAGUCUUUAAGUGUUAUUAGAGUCAAUGUCAGUCUGUUUUAUCAGUAGGGAAAAAAGCACAACAAACAAAACAAGGACAAAAAACACAAAACCUUUUUCAGUUUAGAAAAGUUAAACAACUUUUCACAAUACACAAAAUUUUGGAAGAGCAAGUUUCACAAAACUCUAUGAACCAUGUUCUUUAGGGUUUUUAAAGGAGUUUUUGUAACUUUGUUUGACAUUGUGUUUUUGUAAAGGUGUUCUUGACCUUACACACAUUCAGUACAUGUUAACUUGCAUAAAUACUGUUCACUCACUGACGUUAAUGUGUGACUGUGUUUCAGGGUGGCGGCUCGUGACAAAGGCGUGCUCCACAGUCUGGGAAUAACUCACAUAGUAAAUGCUGCUCAUGGACCCCCUAAUUCCGACCCCUUCCCCUGUUUCUACGUCAAGACUGGCCCACGUUACUACCGGGACAUGAAAGUGGAUUAUUAUGGGGUGGAGGCUGAUGAUUCAAUAGGGUUCAUACUUAGUCCUUUCUUCUACCCAACUGCCCGAUACAUCAGAGCCGCACUGGCCAUGGGAGGCAAGUCUGCCACGUUGGAAGAUAUUCUAGAAGUUCUCUACAAAUGAAGCCCAUGCAUUAAGAGCGCCCCCUGCUGCCUACUUACCGUAUAAACUAUUUAGCCUGCUAUCAUUUGCCGUUUAUUUGUACUAAAGACCUGCAAUAUUUAUUAAAUAGUACAACUUUAAGGCUCUAUGUGAACGUGGUGACGAAUGUGUGCUUCUGCUCCAGGACGGGUGUUUGUCCACUGUCUGAUGGGAGUCAGCCGCUCUGCCACAUUAGUGUUGGCCUUCCUGAUGAUCGUCGAGGGCCUGAGGCUGCAGGAGGCGGUGGCUGCAGUCAGGCCACACAGAGACAUCUGUCCGAACCCGGGCUUCCUGCAGCAGCUCCGCAGCCUGGACAUUGGCCUAGAGAGGGAGAGGAGGAGAAGACGACAGACCCUAAUGCUGUAACAUGAAAAAAAAAACACAUGCACACAUACAAUCAUAAACAUCAACAUAUGCAAACACAUACAAGCAUACAGGCACAUUUUCAUUACUACAGAAGUCAGUCAUUCCAGGAGGAGGGGGCUCCAUCUCUGCCAGAGCUGAGGCAAUUACUCUGGUCUAACAGGAAACCAGCAGCACCUGUCAAUCAAGUCUGGCCGAAUCUGUACAUUGGAGAUGAGUGAGUGUAGAAAUCUCAACCUGCAGCUGAAAAUGAAUUCAUAAUCAUGCUGCAUUGAAUCAGUUUAUAUGUGAUGUGUGUCUGCAGGUCUGUGGCGAGAGAUAAGUCCUUCCUAUCAUCUCUGGGUGUUACUCACAUUGUGAACGCUGCAGCAGGACGACAUCGGAUUAAUACAGGUGUGCAAUUCUACGAAGACCUCAGGGUGGAUUACCUCGGUGUAGAAGCUGCGGACCAUCCGGAGUUUGACCUUCAGCCUUUCUUCGAUUCCUCUGCGCAGUUCAUAGACAGCGCUUUGAAGCAGAACGGUUAGUUUGCAGACUCACUUAUGAAUCAUGCAGAACUACAUAAACACAUUAAAAAGAGAUUAGUGUGAAAUCUCAGAGGUGCAGUGUUGACGACUUCUACAAGCUUAUUUUUGGCUUCAUUCCUGUGUGUACUUAAUUAUUCAAACAUAUCUCGGGAUUACAGAUAACUCAUUUACAUUUUAUGUGACAAAGACAUCAGGAAUUACAGAUGUUCAAACCUUCUUGCUGCAGGAGGCAUGAGACUUUUUGUUGUGUGACAGUAAAUGUAAGUCAAAACAUGGACAAAAGGACCUGAACUGUGCAGAAUAAAACUAGUAUUAUUGUAAAUAUUGUAUUGGACAGAAGUGACUGAAUAAACUGACAUUAUUGUAUCUUACAGGGAGGGUGUUUGUGCACUGUGCCAUGGGUUUGAGUCGCUCUGGAGCGCUGGUUCUUGCCUAUCUGAUGAUCUGCCACCACCUGUCGUUAGUCGACGCCAUCACUGCUGUGCGUCUGAACAGAGACAUUGGACCCAACUCUGGAUUUCUGGAGCAGCUGAGGCAGCUGGAGCUCAGCCUUAGACCGCUGAGCGGAACUGCACUGACACACCGUGAUGAAGAAAACUCCCCCUGUUAG